AUGGCUGCUCAUCACUCCAAUCUUCUGUUCUUCGCCUCCAUGCUGGCCCUACUAGCCCCUCUUCUUGCUCUGGAAAUUGAAAACCUGGAAAGACUGAAAGCAAAUUUAGAUGAUAUAAUUAAUCUCCAUUCAGAUGAACCCCAUCUGGAUGACCAUGGAAAAAACAUGCAGCAGAGCAGAACCAGUAACCCUCAGCAGGGAGAGCACCGCAGUUGGCCCAAGGACUGCAGCGAGAUCCCCACUGGCAGCCCCAGUGGCGUGUACGUCAUCCAGCCCACAGGACUGCACCCCAUCGUGGUGUACUGCGAAAUGAAUGCAACGUCCGGGGGCUGGACGGUCCUCCAGAGGAACCGGCACAGCACGGAGAUCACCUGGGCCGAGUCCUGGAGCACCUACAAGUACGGCUUUGGGAACGUGCAGACUGAGUACUGGCUGGGCACCGAGUACAUCCAUCAGAUCGCCAAGCAGAAGGUCUACCAGGUCAGGUUUGUCAUCUGGGAUGCCUCAAACACCACCAAGUUUGCCGACUACAACUUCUUCAGCGUGGAAGAUGAGUCCCACGGCUACCGGCUGAGGCUGGGAACAUACGCAGGGACAGCAGGGGAUGCCAUGACCUCAAACAGCGCUAACAGCAUGCACGACAACAUGAAGUUCUCUGCUAAAGAUCAGGAUCAGGACACUUCCAGCGGGAACUGUGCCUCCAGCAACGGGGGCGGGUGGUGGUACUCGGCGUGUUAUUCCGUGCAGCUGAAUGUCAAGGGGAGCAUAACGUGGGGCAGCCUGUGCAGUGGGAACUGCAAAGCUUCUGUCGUCCUCAUCAAACCAGCUUCCUACUGCUAGUUGUGUUUCCUUUCUGUCCAACCUGAGGCUAAUUCUGGCUCUGCAAAGAGAUGGAAAAAGGCAAAUCUUGUCAAAUCAUGUAAUGGCCAAACCUAGUGUCCUAGGGGGUCUUUGCUGAGAUUGGUCAUAUCCUAGCUCCUGAAGAAAUUAAGGCAUCUCCUGCUUCUUCUCCCUC